CGCUACCAACUUGAUAACGUUCAAAAAUUGACGCGGUGACGACGGUUGCGGGCGGUUGCGUCACAUGUGAAAGUCAUUUUUUAAUGGAUUUUUUUAUAGUGUCGACAUAACGGUAUAUACUUAGUAUUUAGUCGGUUUUCAACUCAAUAAUACUAGACUAGACUUAAUUGAUUAGUUCUCAAAAUUAAAUCUCUUUCGAAGGAUAUAUUACAAAAAAAGCAAACGGUGAAAGUAUUCGAUUAAAUUUGUGAUCAUCAUUUCCGGGAGAAAAGAUUUUGAACUAAAAUAUUCGGAAGAAUGUCGUCAUGUAAUGGCCACAGGUCGAACCGUCAGGCAAGUCAAACAUGGAGAACGUUUAAGAAGAUCUCAGACUUCUUUGAAUCCGGUUUCGUCGCCUAAUGUAGAAAUUAAAUCGACAGGAGAUGUUGCCAGAGUGGUUAAAACUAAAAAACUGGUCGAGGUGGAUGGCUAUGGGCCAUACAAACCAGUACCUCCUCCAAAACCUCUUUCCCAACAACCAAGUAUUGCGCAAGAAGAAUCAUCUGGUGUUAUUCCUCCUCCGUACAGAAUGCCGCCAUAUCCUUUGUACAACGAACCAAGUAUACCCGGCGCUACAGUACUAGAUCAACCAAUAGCUACAUCUAGUCCAGUGACUCCUCAGGGAUUACAUACGCAUUCCAGUAAAUUUCCGAUCGAAAGAGAAGUGAUACUUUCCAGUACAGAAAAAAACUCCAAAAUACCAAUACUCCACGAUUACAAGAAAAGAAGUAAAGUUGCGGUUGCUCCCGACGUUCCUCCCAAGCAAAUGGCUGCUUGGACGCAAAACCAUCAAAUUCUUCCAGAUCAGACACAUUCUGGCUUGAUCCAGACUAUUCAACAAUCCAAUGAUCCAAAUGGAUCCCCUUACCGCACUAAUUAUCACCAAGUACAAGACUACUACAAUGGCCAAAAUCUUAAUUCAACUGGCGCCGUACCACGAACGGCGUGGCAUGCUCCUGGAGAUACAAAUAAAACCGCCUCCAGACCAUUACCCAUUACCGACGACUUUCCUACUAAUACCUCACACCCCCAAAAUGUCACUGUACAAAUAGAAAGUAAAGAAACAUCUCAGAAAGAUCAGAAAAAUAAAACUAUGGCCAAAACUUACAAUACUAUUAAAGAUAUGCUGUCAAAUAGAUUUAAAAGUAACAAAGAAAAUGAAGAAAAAGGCGAAGAAGCAGGUUUAAAUAACGUGGCAGAAGAACUGAGGAAAUCCCAAGGUAAUAUCGCUGAUGAAGGAGUUAGUAAGAAGGCUACAAUUGAACAAGGUUAUCAAAAACCUCCUAUCACAUCACAAUAUAAUCAGAGUUACAUGCAACAGCAGAUGAUAUCCCAACAUGCCCAACAGCAAUAUCAGCAACAAUUGAAAAAUCAACAAUACUCUCAGCAACUAGCUCAAGCUAGAUCUCAAGAAAUGUUAAAUCAACAACACUCAGAAGAACAGCUCUAUUACCAAAGCAACUAUGUUGCUUCAACCCCACAACGAAGACAAGUACCUGUACCUCCCAGAGAAGCAAAUUAUGUUCCAUUACAAGCUAUGCAACAGCAGCAUUUACAAUCGUCUCCUGAGAAACGUAGUGCUCAACAAUUAGAACGUGAUAGCCUUCGCCAAAGAAGUUUCGAAGCGAGAAGAGCAGCUUCUCAACCGCAAUUAGCGUACGAAGACGAAGUCCAUGAAGAAUUACCAAACCGUAAACCUCAACCUCAAAUACCCACACCAAUGCGACGAGGAUCAUACGGAAAUAUCAUGGAAACUCAAACAAAAAAUGAUACGGAAAAGGAUAGUGACGAUGGUGGGUUUUUGAGAAGAAAAGGUUCACAAGAACGUAGAUUAGAUCCUCCUGGGUUAAAUGAUAGAGUAGUAAAAAGCGAUGGAAAUAAUAUUGAUAACAGAAAAGAAAAUGACCAAAAAACGACUGACGAAUUACAGGGGAGUCCAAGAAAGAGAUUAGAAGGAGAGAUAGGAAAAAUAGAAGGUGUUUAUAACGUUGGUCAAAGAGUAGCGAAAUUAGACGAGGAAAGUAAAGUUCAAAAGAAAACCAAUCCUAGUUCAGCCACCAGCUCUGAUUACGAUAAAACUGGUGGUCAAUCCUCAUCAAACAUUGAUUCUGGUAGAGGCAGCGCUGCGUACAGCAGUGGACGUAGACCAGGACCCGUAGAUUCAAACAGUGAUCAUUUUGAUUCAGUACCUACUGUCACCAGAGGAAAAUACAGAGACAUACAAGACAACAGUCACGAUUCUGAAUGGGUGGAUAUUGUAGAAAACGAACUAAGACAUAUUCUGGAACCAAAACUUCAUGAAUUAUCUAUACAAAAUAAUAACCCAGGAAAACCUCAUUCUGUUCUAAGUGAAAGUGUAUCAUCAAUGACACCUCCUUUACCCCCUUUAUCACCAGGAGAACAAUCUUCACCAAAUACAACUCCAAGAAAUUCGGCGAGGUAUAAACAUAACAGCUUGCCGUGCGGUAGUAGACCGGAAUACGAAAGUUACAAAAGCAAAAAUCAUUCUAGAAUUGUAGCCGGUGAAUCGAGAUGGAACAACAGUUCACCUCAGAAACAUAGGUCGCAGAAAAAAAUUGACCACAAUGCGAUUUUAAGAGGAAAACAAAUUUUUGGUUUAGAUAAUACUGACAUGACCUCGACAACAACAAGAUCCAUGGAUUUAGAAUCGAUUCUAGACGGACAAAGUGAUACUGAUGAAGAUUUAAGUACUACAGAUGCUAGAGCUAUCAGGAAACAGUUAGAAGGUUUGGAAACAAUGUAUUCGGAAGUACUUAAAUUAUUAGGAGUUAAAAAACAUCCCGCUAAGUACCAACCAAAUGAUCCUCGGUUUACAAAACGAAGAUACGGAAGUAUGUCUUCGUUACCGUCAAGUUCCGUCAGCAGUAGACCAAUUAGAGAUAAAAGAAGAACCAAUGAAGAUAGAAAGAAGGUUAGAGAUAUUAGAGGUAUCAACAAAAGGUUUCAACGAUUGGAAUCACACGUUGUUACGUUAGCUCGAUCCGUCGCUCAUCUAUCGUCAGAGAUGCGUACGCAACAUCUGAUGAUACAAGAAAUGGAGAAUAUACGAGGAGAGAUCGCAGCUCUAAGGACGCAGACAAACAUGUUGAACGUGAGAGCUCAAAGCGCAGCUCGCGCUGUCAGUUCCAAAGAUUUACCUGUUCUGGCUAAUCCCGCUAGAGUGAAAAAGUUGACGAAGUUUUUUGGAGAUGAGCCGCCAUUGUUAAGAUUAUUUUUACGAAAACUGGGAUACGAGAAAUACGCGACGAUAUUUGAAGGGGAACGAAUAGGAAUGGUAGAACUACCUUAUUUAAGCGAAGAUAGAUUACAAAAGAUGGGUUUACCACUUGGACCUAGAUUGAGAAUAAUGCAAGAGGCUCAAAUAUCCGUUUGUAAAGAUAACACUCUAUGUAUAGUAUGAAAAGUAUUGCCACCUUUUGGUCGUUAGAAGAAUUUCAUAAUUUCUCGUUGUAGUAAAUUCAUUCACCGAUUGGAAACGCUUUGAAAACGAUAGAUGGCAUCGUUGAACCGAAUCAAUAAACUUGGAUACAAUUUAAAUUAAAUUUAUUCAUUCAAAUAGAGGAUUGAAUUAUUUGUCAUAUCUGUAAACAAGCUUCUUUAUAAUCUCUUCAAAAAAAUGUUUUUGAUAAUGGUUAAAGAUGAGUUAUGACGAUUUCUCCGAGCUCUACUCGUUUGAUAAAAUUGAAUGAAAAUUUCGAAAUUUUAAUUUCUGAAACCGUUUCGAUAACCAAGUUAUCGUCUUCAGAGACUGAAGGUAAACUAACUUGACAUACGCCAAUCUUAGAGAUCGAGUUUUUCUCAUUUCAAAAAUAUGCGAAAUAUUGUGCUUGCUCCCCGUUUGGGGGUCUCUAAAUGAAGCCAAAAGAUGAAAUUUUCAGGCCACGGUACUUGACGAGGUGGAACUUUUUUACCAUACACGAUAACGAAAAAACCGUAUCCAUAAUCGUAUGAAUAGAAUUUGGGCGAUUCAUAGGAAAAAAUUAUGAAGCAAAAUCAGGAAAUUGUUUUUUAUUGGAAUGUCGACGAAACGCUAAAUAUUGAACUUGUAGUCCUAAUUUUCGGAAGACCUUCCAGAUAAAUAAAUUGGACUCAAAAUAUUUUUAGGCCACUCGUGGCACCAUCUUUUGCCUUCGGUAGGUGACGUUAUAUAUCAAUCGAUAAAGUAAAAUAAUAGAAUUUCGUGGUCAAAGUUUCAAAAUUUUUGAAUCAUGGGAGAUGAGGGCCGUCUCUUGUACCUUUAUACUUUAUGUUACCUUAUUUCUAUUCGUGUCACGCUUCUUCUUUCAUGGUCAGGUCUCUCUUGUGUAUUGCCAACAGCAAACCAAAUAUUUCUGUUUUUAUCGCAAUUAUAAACACGUCAAACGUAAUUUUACGUGUAUUUUAAAAAGUUUAUCUCUAUACUUUUUGUUUAGAUGAUUUCCACAUAUUUUUCGCUUUUUUCGACGUGAGAAUUUAAAAAACAUAUCUCAAAAGAAUAGAAAUAUAUGAGAAAAAUGUCUAAACAAAAAAUGUAGUGAUUAUAAUUUUCUAUAAAAUCGCUUAAAAUCACUUUUGACGUUUUUGCAGUAGAAACUCGCAAUGAACAAACUGUUGGGAACCCUUCAAUGCUUUUUAUUUGUCUAUCGUGAACUACAUAUAUAGUAGAAAAUAAAAAGAGAGACCAAACUAAAAAAGAAGAAGCGCUACACAAAUAGAAGGAAGGUAACUAAUUUAUUUUGAUUUUAAAUUAAGAAUAUCAGUAGAAGAAUCAGUAUUUGUUGUUAUUUUUACUAAACAAUCCAAACGAGUAUUUGUGGAAUCUCAAUACAAUUAAAAUUGCAACGAUUCAUUAAAAAAUACAUCUCUGAGAUCUUUUGUGAACAUUUUUCGUUUUUGUGUAAAUUUUUUUAAUAUAGGAAAUAAUAUUUGAUCGUUUAGGGCAGUUUUUGAUUAUAUCAAAAAAUCUAGAGCGUGGUAUGUUUUCUGUAUAUUCAAGAAUCCUGUUUUUAUUGAUGUUACAAACAAAAAACUAUAAGAAUAGAUUUUUUGAUAAAUCAAAAAUUUUUUAAGCAUUCUCAGGUUGAUUCUUCUAACUAUACAGAAGGCGUAGUAUGAAAAAUAGAAUUUAUGUAAAAAUUGUAUACUCUUGAAAAUGGCGGCUAUAAUAUUAAUAAUAAGAAUUUUUUACAGACUUUUUACUUUAAUUUAUUGUACAAGUAUAUUUUUGUAUUAUGUAUUAUACUUAUUAUUUUAGUUUAUUUUGACUUUUUGUGGAUGAAGGAUCUAUUUUGUACGUUUAUAAAAUGUUUUGCCGAUGAUACCAAAGAUAUAUUCUUUGUUCUGUAGCAAUACAUUUAUUGUAACCCAAAAAUGGUGAAAAUAAAAUGUAUAAAUAUAUAAAA